CUUUUCCCCUUCUUGCUCUCUUUAUCCCUUCUCGCCCAUGCGCUGGCCAAGGGUGAUACACAGCAAGAAGCCGUGAAACGGUUCUUCAAUAAGAAUGGCGGAAGUACAAGUAAACACACCAAUAACUGGGCGGUAUUGGUCUGUACAUCCAGGUAUUGGUUUAAUUAUCGACAUAUGUCCAAUGCGCUGGGGAUGUACCGCACCGUGAAGAGACUCGGAAUCCCAGACUCGAAUAUCAUCCUAAUGCUGGCAGACGACGCUUCGUGUAACGCACGAAACAGGUUCCCUGGUAGUGUAUUCGCCAACUCGCGGAAAGACUUGGACUUGUAUGGGGAGAACAUCGAGGUCGACUAUCGAGGGUAUGAGGUGACGGUUGAGAACUUCAUUCGCGUGCUUACAGGCCGAAUGGACCCCUCCGUUCCCCGCUCCAAACGCCUCUUGACGGACGAACACUCCAACAUCUUCGUGUAUAUGACCGGACACGGAGGCAACGAGUUCCUCAAGUUCCAGGACAACGAGGAGAUCAGCGCGCAUGAUUUGGCGGAUGCGUUUGAGCAGAUGUAUCAAAAGAAGAGGUACAAUGAAAUCUUCUUCAUGUCAGAUACUUGCCAGGCUGUUACACUGCACUCCAAAUUCUACUCUCCCAAUAUCCUCGCUGUCGGGUCAGCACAGAUGGGCCAGAAUUCUUAUUCCCACUCGAACGACGAAGAGAUCGGCGUAGCUAUCAUCGACGGCUUCACGCACUUUAUCCUACAGUACAUGGAAGGAAUCAACAAGACCAGUCGGGCUAGUAUGCAGGAACUCUUUGACUCCUUCGACCCAAAGAAAAUCAAAUCCCAACCAGGCGUCCGGAGCGAUCUCUUCAGACGACCACUCGACCAAACACUCAUCACCGACUUCUUCGGCGGUGUGGCGCAGGUUGAGGUGGUGGAUGAUAAAGACGACACUGCGGCACACUUUACUGUCCCUCCCAUUACCGAUUCUUCCCAGGAGCACAGUACUACCCGUGGAGAAGGGAUUGAGAUGAGUAGCGUUGAAGCCGAUGAGAGUGUUGGGCGGGCGGAGGUGAAGGCGAGGGAGACAGAAACAGCGAAGGUUAGAGUUGACGAUAAUACGACCAGGCAGACUGGGGAGAAGGACAAGAUGAGACAGUGGCUACCUAAGGAGGUGAGGACGUGGGGUGUGACGCUUGGGUUGGUCGGGUUGAUUGGGUGGGUUGUUGGGAAAACCUAGUAUACAGGAUUCUUCUGGUCUGUCAAAUGGUGCCGGUGGUUUGGGUAUACCCUAGAUAAUAAUUACGAUUGCUAA